UUUAAUUCAAAAUACUUUUCAACUGAAGGCAACAAAGUGUGUUUGAAUAGCUAUUGAAAUUUUAUUUUCAAGCAGAAAUUUGUACAUUUCUAACGAAUUUUUGGAGCUGAGCAAAUAGUUUUUCUUGCAACGUGAUUUAAUUAAGCUGAUUUUGAAAGCAUCGACGAGCCUUGUGCAACGAGCAGCAGGACAUACACAUACUUCUGAUAAACAGGAUACAUAGGACACCGCUAGGAUCAUCAUGCCACGAGGAAAGUUUGUGAACUACAAGGGUCGCACUCGCCAAUUCACUUCGCCCGAGGAACUGCAGCAGGAGUCGGACGACGAUAGCGACCAGGUCAGCGGCUCAAUGGCAAAUGGCGAAGAUAAAGAAGCAGCCGUCGGUGGAGCCAGUUCAUCAUCCCCCAUAGCGAAGAAUCGGAGCUUGCAAAAGACGACUCGCAAUCAGAAGCUCACAUCAGCUGUGGCCGCUGGAGAAGCCAGUUCCUCCGAGGAUUGCGAAGAGGAAACUCGUGAUGCCAAAAAGGGCGUGGCCUCACUCAUCGAAAUCGAGAAUCCCAACCGGGUGGCCAAGAAGGGCCCACAAAAGGUCUCAGCCAUUAUGCUCGACCAAUCCAAGCCGGGUCUAUCCCGUCGCGGCCGAGAUUCGGCCAAGGAUCAGAGUGCACGUCAGCGUUAUGAGAAACUCCAUACCGCUGGUAAAACCACCGAGGCUAGGGCCGACUUGGCCAGAUUGGCUCUGAUCCGGAAGCAACGUGAGGAAACCGCCGCCAAGCGGGCGGCGGACAAGAAGGCAGCCGAUAUGGUCACCAAGAAGCCGUUUGCCAAGUAGAGAAUCCAUUCUUUUGAACCUUCACUUUCGCAAAAGGGGCUUAAUAAGAAAUUUUGAGAUAUUUAAAACAACCGCUAACAUCAUUUUAUGGAGGGGGCUGAAACUGUUUCAGAAUAAAUUCCCGUUAACAAGCAUUCCAAA